AAGACUGAGACGCACACAUCACCAACCUUGACCUGCAAAGAAGAAAAUGUUUCUUUGAUGGAAAUUAAAGAGGAACCAGAUUUAAGAGAAUGUGGCGAUGACGAUUCUUCUACAAAAAUCAAAGAUGAAGAAGAAUUUGAUUCAAGAGAAUAUGGUGACUCUGACUAUUCACCUACAAGACUGAAGUCAGAAAUGUCUGGAUUUACUGAACCUUCACACCUGCCUACUUCUGUGAAGGAGAUAAAAGAAGACAAAAAUGAUGAUUUCCUACAAGAGGAUCUGUCUACAUUUAAGACAGUAGAAGAAAAGCUUGGACUGGAAUAUGAAUGCAAGACUGAAAUGUACACGUCACCCACCAUGACUGUGAAGGAAGAAAACUAUUCACCAAUGGAAAUCAAAGAUGAAGAAGAAUUGGAUUCAAGAGAAUAUGAUGACUUUGACUCUACACCUACAAGACUAAAGUCAGAACUGUCGUCUGGAUUUACUGAACCUUCACACCUGCCUACUUCUGUGAAGGAGAUAAAAGAAGACAAAAAUGAUGAUUUCCUACAAGAGGAUCUGUCUACAUUUAAGACAGUAGAAGAAAAGCUUGGACUCAAAUAUGAAUGCAAGACUGAAAUGUUCACAUCACCCACCAUGACCGUGAAGGAAGAAAACUAUUCACCAAUGGAAAUCAAAGAUGAAGAAGAAUUGGAUUCAAGAGAAUAUGGUGACUUUGACUCUACACCUACAAGUAAGUUGUUUGUUUUUUGUAAUGUCUUAUGUAUAUUUACAAUACUUGAAUUUUAGAGAAUGGCUAGCUUGUGCUUUUAAAUAUGAGAUCUAUUCAGAGGACAGAGGUACUGUGGGGAUAUCUUACUGAUAAGAUACUAUCUGCAGUCUGUUACAUUCAAUAGAGAGAAAGUGUCUGCCAUCAUUUUUCUCCGGCUCUGUAAUUCAUGUGUGUUUAUUUCUGUUUACAUGUACAUGUGGUCUCUAGGUAGACACCUUUAUCCUAAGCCACUUACAAGUGACAUUACAUUCUAGCAAAUAACCAAUAUAUAAUAAACAUAUAAAAUAUAUGUAUCAGUAUUGUAGAAUUUACAUACCAGAUAGAGGAGAAGAGAGAUAUUGUUGAAUUUAGUU